AUGGAAGAAUCUCUGACAUAUUUUGAAGUCGAGUGUAAGUCUACGAAUGCCUUUCUGGUUAUACGAGACGUUAGCAGUCGCUUGGUUUAUCUUUCGCUAGGGUUGCAUAAUGGACAGGGUCUUAAGAAUGCUACAGCAGACUUCCAGAAGCUAAGCCGUAAAACGAAGGUGAACUAUGUAUUGAGGGAAGGUUCUCCAGAAAAUGCCAAUCCAAAAUUUAUGGCGAUAGCAGAAAGCGUUAAGGCAUUUUUGGAUGACUGUACACCUCUUACUGAAGACUAUGAAUACCUAUUUGGAACGCCUUUCCAACAGAAAGUGUGGAACGAAUUACGUGAAGUACCUGCUGGCCAGAUUGUGAACUACAGUACUCUGGCGAAGAACAUUGGGUUGCCUAAAGCGACCAGAGCGGUAGGACAUGCAGUUGGUCAAAAUAAACUCGCGCUAAUAGUUCCAUGUCAUAGAUGUCUUCCAGUAAGUGGUGAUGUUGGCAAUUUUAGAUGGGGUCCCUCGCUGAAGAAGAAGCUGCUUGCACAUGAAAGACGCCGGAAGCAAAUCAACUAG